AUCUCGUCCCGCGCGCGCUUUUCUGCCCGCCUGGCUCCCGCGCCCGGCGGUGGCAUCGGGCGCGCGGGCCGCGCAGCGCCGCUCCAUGGCGAUCGCGCCUGCCUCGCGCCGUGGCUGAGGGCUCCCGGGCCCCGCCAGCGCCCGGGGCAUGGUGGGCAGGGUGGCCGUGCCCGCGGCGGCCGCCCCCCCCGCCCUGCCCGGCAAGGACGGCGACGCUCAGCCCUGCAAGAAACGGCGAGAGGAAGAUACUUCUGUUAAAACAAUCACAAGAUAUUUUUCGCCGUUAGCAAAACCAGUGGAUAAAGUGUCGUCACCACCAAAACCCAGUAAUAUAUUGGGUUAUUUUAAAAAGACAGCUGUAACUGAGAAGGCUUCGUUACUGCUUGUAGCUGGAGAAAAUGAAACGCCAUUGGAUGCUAAUGGCCAAGACUGUAAGUCACCUUCUAAACCACCUUUAAAGCACAAGAGGAGAGGGAAGAGAGUUAAUUUAAAUAAUACGCAAAGGGAGGCGAAAGCAUCUGAGAAUGAACACAAAAUAGAAAUUAGUAGUGAUCACAGCAGAGAAACAGCAGGACUGAAACAAGACAGUAAUGAUUUUAUUACCACUUGCACUUUAGUUGACCAAAAGAGUGCAAGAGAAUUAGCAGAAGGUAACGUGCAAAGAAAGAACUUCCCAAACACUGCCAUCUGCAGAAAAAACUCCAAAAAAAUGGAUUCUCAAAUAAAUGGAACAAAAAAUAGGGUAAAACAAUCAAGGAAAAGGAAGCACAAAGUAAAUAUGGAUUUGUCUGAAAGUUUUUCGUCUGAAAACCAGCUGAAUGACACAUGUAUAAAGGAAACUGAAGAUAAGAAAAAGAUGGUAACUCCUACAACAGCAGAGUGUGACGCUACUAUUAGUGAUCCCAGUUUUGAAGUUCAUAUGGAUGAUAAGACAUCACAGGUACAUAAUGGUAUAAUAACGGUGUCAUUUGAGGACUUCUUGAAGAGUCAGGGAGAAAAUAACGUAGAUCAGGUUGAAGACAAAAAGCCGGCAACAGACAAUUCUGCUACAGCAAAUGAAACGGACAGAAGUGGUAGUAUUAGUGACCCAGAAAAGUGUGAGGAGUCUCAACAGGUGCCGCUUAGAACAGUAACUGUCCUUGCACAAAUUCAUUCCAUUCCUCUCAGAUUAGCUCCGUUACAUAAGGAGAAAAAAGGCUCUAGGAAAAUUGCUUCAAUUUUUUUGAAGCAGAAGGGUUGCAUAGGGGAAAAAGAAAGUAGCCCACCACUCUUGGACAGUGAACAAACUGAACAGAUUUCUCAGAAAAGAAAAUCUAAUGUAGUUAUUGAGGAAGAAGAACUAGAGUUAGCUGUGCUAGAGACUGCAGGGUCAGAUUCUUUGAAGCCAAAAUGCACUCUGGAAGAAAGGCAUCAGUUUAUGAAGGCAUUUAGACAACCAACAUCGGAUGUAAUAAAAAGUGGAGUUAAAAAGGCACCCGGAAAACAAAAGCAAGCCACUAGUAAGUCUUCAAAAGAAAAAGAAGGACCUGCAGAUGACACUGCUUCAAAUAAAGGAUUAGAAAGUGGAGUACCAGAAGAUUACGUGGAUAAAUAUGCACAUUCUGCUCCUAAAACAAAUAGAGCUAAACCCAAAACACCUAGAAAGUUUCAGAAGAAAGGAAACAGAAGGAAGGCUUCAAAAACUGAGGAAACAAAUGUCUCAAAUACCAGCAAUUGUAAGGAUUCAGGCGCUAGUGUUCUUAUUCAGGAAAACACCUUAGAUGUAGAAAUUUUAUCAAGUCCAAAGGUGAAUGAGAGAAGGAGGAAUUUAAGGCAGAAAAAAAUCAAAACAUCAAAAAAUGUUACACCUAAAAGAAACAGGAUUAGAGAUAGCUUUUCUGAAGAUGGGCUAAGUAGCUGUCCUUUACAGACUUCUACACCAAAAGCAAGCAAGCAAUCCUUGAAGAAAAGUAACCUGUAUAAAGCAGAGGUGAUUACUGUGCCCUUUGACGGAAGCAGCCCAAUAAGAAUGAGGUUUACACGUAUCAAUGUGACUACAAAAUCAAAUAAAGCUGAAGCAGUGAAAAAUGAAGAGUUUAACUCCAAAAAUAUAAAGGUAAGCUCUAGUUCUAAAAACAUAUCCAAAGCAAAAGAGCUGAUUGAAAAAGCAAAGGCUAUACAGCAUAACAGAUCAAAGGUUAACGAAGACUUACCAGUCCCUGUGAGGCGCUCAUCUCGACAGCGAGCUCUUGCUGAAAAGAAAAAAUUACAAGAAAGUGAAGAAUCGGUAAUCAUUUUAGAUUCAAGCCUGAGUGAUGCCACUACUACGGUGCAGAAUGUGAAGCGAAAGCAUCUUCAGAGCUUAAAUGAUGUGCUGGGAAAAAAGUCUAGAAACUUGAAGGUUGCAAAGAACUCAAAUGGAAAACCGGGAUAUCCACCUUCCUUCCUAGGCAGAAGUGCUCAAAACUCUGCAGGUGAACCAGUUGUGGUCUUUGAUGAAAGCAGCCAAGAUGCAUCUGAAAAUUCUCAAGAUGAUGAUCAGUUCAGAGCAAAACGUGAAUUCUUGAUGAGUGGAUUGCCAGAGUCGCUGAAAAGACAGAUUGCAAAGAAGGCAGCAGCAAUGGAAGCGUACUCUCUUGCAAGUUCAUGUUUUAAGACUGUUGUCCAUGUACAGCAGAAGGAUGACUGUUAUCCAAUGUGGAAAUUGAAGUUGCCCUCAUGCCCUCUGUUAACUAAGCUGAGGAAACUGAAUACUGAAGUCACUAAUGUCACAAAAAUCACUCUCUCACUUGGUGAAUUUUCCAGUGUGAGCUCAAAACUAACUGGAAACUGCUCUGCACCUGUGCUUUCUGGCCACCGACCAGUUUUUCCUGAUACAUUCAGGAAAGAUUUACUAGAUGAGAUCAUGUCUUCCAAUUCUCAAUUUCCUGUGAGAAAAUACUUCUACAAGUUUCUGAAAAAGCAAACUGAACGGUUGGGUUUUGAAAACAGUAUUCAAGAAAGCAGAGAGGGCACUGCAAAUUCUGAGAUAAAUCAGAAACGUUCUGACAAGUGGAGGGAAACUAAGAGGAAAAGGAAAGAAACAGAAGACCACAAGUCAAAAAGAAGAAAACAAAGUGAAGGUACAGAGGCUGAAGCAAAAUCCAGAGUUUCUCCUGUAUCUGGAGAAAACCAGCGAGAGACAGGACAAGCCACACGCUUGGGAAAAAACAAGACCCAGAAACUAGAUGUUGUGACAGAAGACACUGAAUGUUUAUCAGACCCAAAUGCACUUUCAGGUGUUGAAAAGGAAGACACGCUUUGGACAGAAAAAUACCAACCUCAAGAUUCCAGUGAACUUGUAGGGAACAAGAAAGAAAUUGAAAGGCUACACAGUUGGUUAAAAGAAUGGAAAAAAAGAGCUGACUUGGAAGAAAAAAGAAAUCAGAAAGGGAAAAAGGAGGACAAAGAGCAUGAAGAUUCUACAGAUUUUUUGGACAGUCUUGACUUUAGAGAUAGUGAUUCUGAUACUGAGGAAGAGACUAACCUUUGCAAUACAGUUCUGAUAACUGGCCCACCAGGAGUAGGGAAGACUGCUGCAGUAUAUGCUUGUGCUCAGGAGCUUGGUUUUAAGAUAUUUGAAGUCAAUGCCUCUUGCCAGCGUAGCGGUAGACAGAUACUGUCUCAACUAAAAGAAGCUACUCAGUCUCAUCAAGUGGAUAAAAAAGGCAUUAAUGCACACAAGCCUUGCUUUUUUAACAGUUGUAGCAGUACCAAGUCACCAAAAAAAAUGUAUUCUCCAAAGAAAGUUGUUUCACCAAGAAAACCUCCACUGUCACCAAAAGGAGCAGGAUUAAAACGAAGUUUGCCCCCUAAAACACUUGCAGACUAUUUCAAAAUUCCUUCCAAACGUAAAGGUAAUGAUGGAGCAGUAACAUCUCAAGAAAAAAAUAAAGGUAAUACUCAGAAAUCACUUAAAGAAAAGAAAGAUGCUCAAAUUAAGGCAAUAAACAAAGAAGGAGAAGGAGGAGAACACAACAGGAAAAGUGCAACAUCUCUCAUUCUCUUUGAAGAGGUAGAUAUAAUAUUUGAUGAAGAUGCAGGGUUUCUAAGCGCAAUAAAGACAUUCAUGGCAACAGCAAAGAGACCUGUAAUUCUUACUACCAAUGAUCCAACAUUCAGCUUAUUGUUUGAUGGCUAUUUUGAAGAGAUCAACUUUAGAACCCCUUCCUUGAUGAACGCUGCUAGCUAUCUUCAAGUGCUGUGUCUGGCUGAGAAUCUACGAACAGAUGUGAAGGACUUAGCUGCUCUGUUAACCACAAAUAACUGUGAUAUCAGACAAAGUAUUCUCUACUUACAAUUUUGGGUGAGAAGUGGAGGUGGAUGCUUGAAAGACAAAUGUUUGGCCCAUCAUGGAGGAGAUGAAACAGAUAAAGCAAAUCAUGUAAUUUAUUCUGAAAAGACUACUGAUUCCAAGAUUGAUUUUUCUCAAGCUGAUGCACGCGUUCAGGAGUUUCCAAAAUGUGAUACAGGCUGUGUAGAGACAUUGCUUGGCCUUAAGAAUAUCCUGUUGCCUUCAGAAGAUUUGUUUACAUUUCUUAAGCACAAAAUCACAACCAUGGACAAGUGGAAUAAAUUGAUGCAGCUUCUCACAGAAUUCCAGAUGAAGAAAGUGGAUUUUAUAUAUAGUAAUCUUGAACUUAUUCUUCCCUUACCAGUGCAAGUUCUUUCAAACCAAUCUGAAGCUUCUAACUCUAUACUUGAAAGGUCUACCACAGUUUCUUUGAAAAGCAAAUCUACUAACAGAUACUGCUCUGGCAAAAAGUCUAAAAAGACAAAGAAGCAGAAGAGGCUUGAGAUAUUGUGUGAUAGUGACUUAUUUGAUACUGAACUGAACUAUUCAGCUGAAUUCAUAACUUUACCAUCAGAUAGUCCUCUAUCAGGUGCUGAAGUGAAUAAAGAGGAAUCGCAAUUUCUGAUGAAUAAAGAAGAAAGAGAAAUUAAAACUAAAACCUCAGCAAAGGAGAAAAGGUCUGCACUUGUUUUUCAGUGUCUGAAUUCGCUGACUGAAUUUGUGGAGAACAUGUCCUUCUUGGAUUGCUAUGUAAACACUAAUACCGAGGAACCACUGGAGUUCUCUAAAGAUGAAGGAUUUAGUUGGACAAAUGGCAAAAUCAAAAAUGGUCUUUGUGACGAAUUCAGUAUAGAAAAUACUGAUUGGUGGCGUUCCCAGAGCUGUAGUGAAAUAAAAGCAGCUAUUGAAGCACUCAGUUUUAACAAAUGUUUUGUUAAUAUUUCACAAAACUUGGAAUCCUCUUUGAGUACCAGUAAAACACCUGAAAGCGAUCAGCUGGAGGGACUUACUUUGCAUAUUUCAAACACAAGAAAUUGUGUAUCCUUCAGUCAGUCAGCUGAUUCAAGCAUUCACAAAAAAGCAGAGAAGAGGCUGGCAAUCAUCAGAACUGUAUUUUCCAGAAGUCCUUUAAACCUGAGUAAUAAGCAAGCCAGUAUACUUGAAUACCUCCCCAGUCUUCGCAGUAUCUGUAGGUUUGAGAAGCUUAAAGAGCAAGGGAAGACUAAAAGAAGGUUUUUGCAUUAUCUUGAAGAGAGUCAUCUUGAAAUACCCAGACAAAUGAUAAAUGGUCUGUGUUUGGACUUUCCUUAAAAUCGCCAACCCCAGAAAUACGUUGUGCCUAAUGGUGAUAUUCUCACCAUAGUUUGAUUUUCAUUUUUUUACCACGUUAUUUUAUUGUAUAUUCAGAGCUGAUUGUAUAUUAAAUUUCUAUAAGUAUUUAAAAUUAUGUAUUUAUCUAUUGCAUUGGUAUUGCUCUCCACAACUGAAAUGUGGGUUUGUUUGGUGCUUGUCCAAUAAGUGCAUUUAUAAUACUAAAUGCACAAACUAAUCAAUGGGGACUCCUUCAUACGAUCUUUCUCUGUAAUUUGUGUAUCAAAUAAUAAUAAGUCCUUUUGUAAUGACCAACUGUCACAACUUCCACAGCAAAGUUGCUUUUUUCCAAGGAGACAGUUUUAUUAAAAUAAGCUUGUUUCUUUCUGAAUUUGCAGUUGUGUUAAAUAAUUUGGGGUGGGAGGGGGCAGGGAGAGGAUGCAACAAGUCUUCUAACAUGUAAACAACUAAUAAGAGCUCUUCACAAUAAUGACUGGGUAACAGUCUUUACAAAGCACUGUGCCUCAAUGUACAUAGAUUUGCGUAUGUUCAUUUAAUUUCCUUUCAUUAUUUCCAACUGUCAGGUCUGCAUGUUAAUCUCCUAAAAAGGUAGAGGAAUGAUUACUGUAGCUCAGGAUGGUCUCAGAGAUUAGGCAAGAUUUUGUAAAUAAAAUUAUGCCAGUGUUACUUUGGUUUCAGUAAUAUUUAACCACUUCUAGUCUUGUAUAUUGUGUUCUAUUUUUAUGCUUCAUUUUGUAUUUGGCAAGACUUCAGCCUGAUUAUUUGUGUUUGAAUCUGGUUUUAUAUGACAAUAAUUUUGUGAUACUUUGCUACAAUUCUGAAUAUUUCCAUUGUAUGAAAAAUAAGACUCCUAAAACUUGAUGUUUUCAGUCAAUAAAGAUGAUGAUUAUGGAUUUUUUCUUUUUAACUGGAAACAUUUCAGCCAUGUACUUUUCCAGCUUUAUAUUGCAAUCGGACUGUUCCUCUUCCUCAAACCGUGUCAGAUUGGUGCCAUGCAGUGGUAUUCCACUUACCUCAGUGUCUCUAAUAAUAAGGAAGGCCAUUUUCUAGUACAUUCUGUUCUCAUUAUGUAUUUUUAAUGUCUUAAAGAUGUUGUUCGGGAGUUGGAAAUAUUUAUGAAAACAGUAAAUUAUUUUAAGCUUCUGCAUUGUAGAUAAUAAUUUUUAUAGCUUACUCUUUUUGUAGCCCAGAAUUAUCAAAUAGGAAUGAAAUAGUGGUGGCUGUUAAAAUCUCUUAAUGUAUUGUUGUAUCACUGGUCUAGAGCAACUCCUGUACAUUUCUGUAAAAAUAAAAAAAUAAUUUUUUAAAAUGUUUAAA